UCUCGCAUAGAAUUUGUCAUUCGGCGACAAUUUCCAAGCACCCAAAGACGUGAAGGCGUCCCGUGCCUUUAGCCUGCGAUAAUCAUCCCACGUCACAUCAGUGCCGCAUAUCCUUUUGCCGGGAUAACAGUCGAACAGUUGCACUUACAGUUUGCAGUUGCAGCUUGCAAUUCUGCACCGUUCCAAGCUAACUCCAGCCAAAGUGCGCGAAAUCCAAAACUUAAUUUAAAUCAAAUUCAAAUUCAAAAUUAAACAAAAAUUAUUUUAAAAAAAUUGAAAAUGCCGUUCGCACAAGAGCAAGCCAAGUCGGUGGCGGUGGCCAGCGAACAGCUGUCCAAGACGGAGACCAUCAAGCUGAGAAACAAACACAUCGGGCAAGCCUGCCAGCUCUUCUAUCGCUCUGAUCCACUGAAAAUUGUACGCGGACAGGGCCAGUACAUGUUCGACGAGGAAGGCACACGCUAUCUGGACUGCAUCAACAAUGUGGCACAUGUGGGCCACUGCCAUCCGGAGGUGGUGCGUGCUGGGGCCCUGCAGAUGGCCACCAUUUCGACAAACAAUCGCUUCCUGCACGAUGAGCUGGUCCAGUGCGCCCAAACGCUGACCAGCAAGAUGCCCGAGCCGCUGUCCGUGUGCUUUUUCGUCAACUCGGGCUCGGAGGCCAAUGAUUUGGCCCUCCGGCUGGCCCGCAACUUUACCAAGCGCCAGGAUGUGAUCACGCUUGACCAUGCCUACCAUGGACAUCUGCAGGCGGUGAUGGAGGUGUCGCCGUACAAGUUCAACCAGCCGGGGGGCGAGAAGAAGCCCGACUAUGUGCACGUGGCCCCCUGUCCGGAUAUCUAUGGCGGCCAGUUCACGGACAAGAUGUACCCCAAUGCGGACCUGGGCGCGCUCUAUGCCCAGCCCAUUGAGGAGAUAUGCCAGCGCCAGCUGGCCAAGGGCCAGGGCGUGGCCGCCUUUAUAGCCGAGAGCCUGCAGAGCUGCGGCGGCCAGAUUCUGCCACCGGCCGGCUACUUCCGGGCCGUCUAUGAUGCGGUACGCUCAGCGGGCGGCCUCUGCAUCGCCGAUGAAGUGCAGGUGGGCUUCGGACGCGUGGGCAGCCACUACUGGGCCUUCGAGACGCAGAACGUGGUGCCGGACAUUGUGUGCGUGGCCAAGCCCAUGGGCAACGGGCAUCCCGUGGGCGCUGUGGUCACAACGCAGGAGAUAGCGCAGGCAUUCCAUGCCACUGGUGUGGCGUACUUCAAUACGUAUGGCGGCAAUCCGGUGUCCUGUGCGAUUGCCAAUGCCGUGAUGAGGGUCAUCGACCAGGAGGGACUGCAGCAGAACGCCCUCCAGCUGGGCGAUUACCUGCUGCGGGAGUGCGGCCACCUCAAGCAGGAGUUCGAGUGCAUCGGCGAUGUGCGCGGCGUGGGCCUGUUUGUGGGCAUUGAGCUGGUGGAGGAGCGCGAGGGGCGCACACCCGACACCAAGGCCGCCCGCUGGGUGGUCAACCGCAUGAAGCAGCUGCACCAGGUGCUGGUCAGCUCGGACGGACCCAAUGACAACGUUAUCAAGCUAAAGCCGCCCAUGUGCUUCAGCCGCGAGAAUGCUGACGAGUUCCUGCUCGCCUUCCGCGAGUGCCUCGCCACCCUCACACAGGACAAGCUGGCCACGGAGGCGGCGACAGUUGCUGCCACCGCGAACAGCACCACCCAUGGGGUCAUCGCCUCCACCGCCGAGACGCUGGCGAAUAAGACGAAGCUCUUUGAGCGGCAGGAUCGCCUCAUAAAGUCGGUCUGAGGGGGCGCCUCCCUGCCGACGCUGCUCCAAGGCACAAACUAGCUUUAGCCCUUACAUCCGAGGAUAUUUAUAUUAUUCCAUGGCCCACCCCACAGUCCCAUGAAUAUCUUUUUUUUUUUUUAGUUUUACUGCCAUUGCUUUAGCUUUUAGAAUAGAUAUUAGCGCCAUAUAUUAUCAAGUAACCAAUCAGCCGAUAUCCAAGCGUAUGCAUAACCAUUAUCCAUUAUCCUUUGAGUCGAUUAUCAAAUUAUCUUCUAGUAUCUAGAAACACGUGUAGGGAGCUCAAUACGAAUUUCGUUCUUUUACUUUA